AGACUGUCUGUUCAAGGUGUGCCCUAUGAGCAGGUACUCAGCUCAGAAGCAAUUCUGGAAAGCCAAACAGGCAAAACAAGGGAACAACACAGAAGCCGCACUUCUAAAGAAACUACAGCAUGCUGCAGAACUUGAACAGAAACAGAACGAGUCAGAGAACAAAAAGCUUCUAGGAGAGAUUGUAAAGUACAGCAAUGUCAUACAGCUGCUGCACAUUAAGAGUAAACAAAUACCUCACAGUUAACAAGCGACUGCCGGCGCUGUUGGAGAAGAAUGCAAUGCGGGUGUCCCUCGACGCGGCAGGGAACGAAGGCUCCUGGUUCUACAUUCAGCCAUUCUGGAAGUUGAGGAGUGAGGGAGACAAUGUGGUCGUAGGCGAUAAGGUAGUUCUGAUGCCGGUGAACGCUGGCCAGCCUCUUCACGCCAGUAAUAUAGAACUUCUGGAUAACCCUGGCUGUAAGGAGGUGAACGCUGUUAAUUGUAACACAAGCUGGAAAGUUACAUUGUUUAUGAAGUACAGCGACUAUCGGGAAGAUGUUCUGAAAGGGGGUGACGUGGUCAGACUCUUUCAUGCAGAACAAGAGAAAUUUCUGACCUGUGAUGAAUAUGAGAAAAAGCAACAUAUCUUUCUCCGUACCACCUUACGCCAGUCUGCCACAUCAGCGACCAGCUCCAAGGCCUUAUGGGAAAUUGAGGUCGUGCAUCACGAUCCGUGCCGAGGAGGAGCCGGGCAGUGGAACAGCCUUUUCAGAUUUAAACACUUGGCUACUGGAAAUUACCUGGCUGCAGAGGUGAGACAUUUAUUA